CUGCAGCCAAGUCAGACCUCCCGAGGUCAGCAAGAAACAUUCACUGCUUCUGUUGUUGACUCACUCCAGGACUGUCUUCGCUCUUGCAGACUCAGAGUUCUCGCAAUCCGCAUCGGUAGAUAUGCUGAUGCAAUCUCACGUCUAAUUUCACAUACCCGCCACUAUCGCUCCUUCAAUAAAACGCUGCGAACGGUAUCACUCAUCUCCGCUUCGUCGGUCGUAGCAAUCUCGAUACCGCGAGUAUUCUGCGCGCAGCAGCAACGCGGUGCUUUCACGCGUCCAACAAAUGCAGACGUCGAUUUUCAACUGACGAAGACAUAAUUUCACUCUUCACACCUGCUGCCUCAGUUGCACAAUACACAUCUGUUGAAUACUAAAUCACAGUUUACGUUAGCAGGAAGCCUAAGUUGAGGGCAUCGCGCCAUAAUCUAGUGUCUACCAUAAUGACACUCGAUCUGUCUUUGCCAUCUCGAGCGCCCGAGCUUGACCGAUUCGGCGACGGUAAUUGGGACGACGCAGCAUUCGCAGUCUACACACUUCUUGGUGACAAGGUGCCACUCGAAAGUGUUGUUCAAGUGCUCGAAAAGCAGUGGCUAGAACAAGGAAACGAAAGCCAUCUCGUACGGCCCGCGCCAUCCAUCACAUCAUUCAAGACGCUACAAGAGGUCGUUCAGGCGCACAUCGCUUUAGACAAGGGCAAGCGCCCUCGCAGUGACGGGGGUGCAGCGGCCGAUAUAGAGUGGUGGCCAACAGCCUUCAUCGUAGUAGUCCAUGAGCAAUGGAUGAGCAAGCCUGGUGGGCUAUUGUUGGUCUACGUGGACGAUGAAAAGAAUUGCGAGAUGGAUAAAUUCUUUUUUCAAGCCAAGGACGCCUACAUGAUGCUUUCCAGUCUGAGCUUUGGAGAUGAAGAUCUAGCUAGGAGUAAAGCGAUCUACCAAGAGGAACUCCAAACUUGACCAUGGUUACUAGAAACCGCCAGACCACCCUUCCAGCCAAGCUGCACAUACGACAUGCGCCUACAGUGGCACGAAUCCGGCUGGGAGGUCUCUUUCUUCGACCCACGCCAUAACGGUUGUAGCCCAGAGGGAAGGAUCUUGUCGAUUCCAAGGAUGCCUCAUGAAUGGAUGCUUGCAAGCAAGGGUUCGGGUAUUAUUCUCGUUACCAACUCUGGCGAGUUGG